AUGGCUGAAUCUGUUGCUGCUAAGAGUAAGUACUUAGAAGUACCCCAAGAAAUUCGAAAUAAGAUAGUGCAAUUGCAUAGUUUAUCGAAAGAGUACAAACGUAAGCCGCGUAAUUAUAAACCUAGUUCAGCUGAUGAAAUUGAGUAUCGAGGUAUCUUUCAAGAGUUAAAGAUGGUGGCUAUUAGUUCUGAAGAAGUCAAACGUAAAGCUCAAGAAGAGUUAUCUAAUUUAGAAGAUAUUAGGGAGUGUGCUAAAAGUGUAGCUGAAUCAAAGAGUGAUAUUAGGAAGGAAGAGUUAUUGGAGAUGCUUAAGAGGGAAAUCAGUAAGGGAGAGGAUAAGAUUACUAAAAUAGAAGAGCAAUUAAGAGUGAUUGUUAAUCGAGAAAGAAAAGAUAGUGUCUUACAAACCAUUCAAGAGAAUAUCAAUCGUAUCUCAGAAAAGAUCGAACAACUGAAAUAG